CUUCAGAGUAAGCACGCUUAGGGUUGGCAGAGAAAGGCUUUCGGCAGGAAAGCGGCGCCCACCGACGGGGCCCAGGCCUGCCCCUUCCCGAGCGUGUCAGUCGCGCAGCGGCGGCGGAGGGGAAGUGCAGGCCGAGGCGCCGUCGCGCUUGCCGCCGCCGCUCGGCUUCUCCGGAGGCGGGGUAGAGAGAGAGAGAGAGAGGCAGCGGCAGCCAUUGUUGUUGUCCUUCCUCCUGCCGCCGUCAAGAAUCAAAAGCGGUCGAGGUUGGGGGGGGGGCGCCCUGCGGGACUCGCCUCAGCGAAGCGCAACCGGGCCUUCCUCGUGCAGAAUCAGCAGCAGCAGCAGCCAUGUCGGCCGGCGGCGAAGUGGAGAGGCUGGCGGCGGACCUGAGCGGGGCCGGCGCCGGGGAUGAGGAGGAGGAGUGGCUCUAUGGCGGUACGAAGCUUCUCUCCAACCCCACCACCACCACCUUCUUUCAUUUCUUCAAGCUGCUCUCCCUCUCCCCACGCCGCCAUUAUGCUGCUUGCCGGGCCGGGCCGCCCCUCCUCGGGUUUCGGCCGGCGGGAAACGCUAGGCCCUGCCCCGCAGCGUGUCCGUUGCCAGGCCGCAGCCGGGGCCUGCUCUUUCCGCGGCCGGCUUUUCGGGCUCCCAAAGGUCCGGGAGACCCCUGGGAAGGAGGCGGGUUGCCCUUCCCCUGCCCGUCUCCUUAAGGGAGGCUCGGUAGGCCCCGCUGUGGAUUUGGAGCCCCAUGGGUUGGAAAGCGAAUAGGCACACCGGGCCCCAUCGUACAUUCAACGGGGAGAGUUAAGCCCCGCUGAACUUGCGCAUGCAUAUGGGGUUUUUUUAAGCAGCCGAGAGGGGCCCCCUGGAUGUAGUUGGGGUGCCUUGUUGUGGAUCGAUUUGGGUCUUUGUGAAAAAGGAAAUAAGUCACGGUCUGAUUCGAGGCCUCGUGCUUUGGUGGGAGACUCCUCCCUGACUCUCUGUAGCCCUGGGUUUUGUUUUUUUAAUACUCCGCCCACCAGCUUUUUAAUACGUUUUAAGUCGACCACCUCCAUAUCGAGGCACUUCCCUUCUCUUUGGAGUUGGCCGAGGCCUUUGAACCAGUAGCGAUUUUUGAACGUUAUGUUGUUAUUAGUAGUAAGGUAAAUCAGGGAUACUGGGGGAGUUGGAAGGCUGCCAGCUGCAAUGCACCAACCUGUUUUGGUCCUUUGCCUUCCUGCCUGAGAGACAUUGGGAAGCCCAAGGUGUUCAGAAACACAUUUAUUGAGUUUGUUUCUAAACAGUACAAAGAUAGUAAGAAGAAAGUAGAUAGUUAAGGCACAAACGGUAUGUCAUUAUUACGCUGAUGAUGAUUCGUUAAAUUUGCAUACCACCCUUAUUCCAUAGAUCUAGGGGCAGUUCACAACAGAAAUAUACAAGAUAAAAACACAAGAUACAUAAUAAAACAAGAACACCCCUCCCUCUAUAUUGCUGCUUUACUGGAGGUGUGUGUCCCUGUGUGUUUAAGGGACAAGGUUACAGCUUGCAAGGAAAAGGCAGGAAGCAGGUUACAACUCACUAAAGAAAAAGUACAAAGAAAACACAGCUCACAUCUGUUGGUGCAGAAUCAAUACCAUACCAAAAGCAAAUAAAUAGGUUAUUGGUGGGGUGGGGGGAGUUGUCCACUGGAACUUAUUGUCCAGGUGCUACACAAAUUGCCCGUGCUACUGCAAGAAACCCCAAGUUAUGCCACCUCUUACAUGGAAAUGCUGUAUGCACUUCAGCAGAGAUGGGAAAAUAUAUAUAUGUGUGGACGUCACAGCGACUCUUAAGGCUUUAGGGUUGAUAACCUUCUAACAGCUAUCUUUAGAACUGCCAUGGCGAGAUUGGAAUCACCAUCAAAAGUUGGAUUCUUUGAAAUUUUGUUGAACAUCUUGACAUGAAUGCUCUGUUUUGUAUUCUGCCCAUAGAAGUGGUUUUGCAUUAUAAUUGCAACACAAGUGAUAGGUGUGCUGUAACUUUCACAGCUUCAUAACAUGCAGAUUUAACCAAUAAAAUUUUCCCUGGAAAUCAAACAAUGUGAGAAGAUUUGCCUGUUGACAUUGUGCCUGUCAUGCAUUUUUUAAAAGUAAAGAAGAUGCUAGGUAAGAAAGAAGACAGUAAAGCUAACUUGCACUAGGAAGUGAGAUAGGUUUACUGUACUUGAUUUCAGAAAAGUAAUUUUUUUCUUGCUAGCAAAACAUUUGAAGUAAUGGGAAGUAAGUUAUAAUGGGAUAACAUUCUGUCUCCAUUAUAGUAAUAAAAGACUUUCUCCAGUUAAGCAAAAAUUUCACUAAUCUCCGUAAACACAAGGUUUAUCUUUGAAUAUAUGUGAGUAAUCCAGUUUGGAAUAUUGGGGAACAUCUUUACUGUUUUAUGUAAUUAUUAUGGGAUUUGAAAUCUAAACACCAAUGCACUCGGUUAAAACUUACAACCAUGGAAACUAUUUGGUACAGUUUAGAAUUGGAGCCUUAUAAAACUUAAAAACUUUGAACCCAUUAUGAAUUCACGUGUAGGAGAAGGACUAGUAAAAAGGGAGACAAUCCUGACUGCAGAUAAUACAUGGUUUGAGAAAUGCAGCUGGAAUAUUUAGAAAUGGAAUCUGUGCAUUUUGUAUAAAAUGAAAACUGGAAAUUUGUGAGGGAUUCUUGUUUGUACUAUUGCAGUCAGAGAUCAUUUUGAGGUAUUUUUUCUUCUUGUUGCUUUUUGUAGAUGAAAAUGAAGAUGAGAAACCUGAGGAAACACCUGGCAAGUAGGUAUUCUUUUAUUUGUGUGUAUUGUAGUAGCAUUGAGUGUGAAAUGUGUUUCGAUAAUACAUGGAUUUAUUAUUAUUUGUUGAAGAGCUACUAUACAAUAUGCCAUGCUGGUGGCGCUGUGGUCUAAACCGCUGAGCCUCUUGGGCUUGCCAGUUGGAAGGUCGGUGAUUCGAAUCCCUGCAACGCGGUGAGCUCCCGUUGCUUUGUCCCAGCUCCUGCCAACCUAGGAGAUCAAAAGCACCCCAGUGCAAGUGGAUAAAUAGGUACCGUACCACUGUGGUGGGAAAGUAAAUGGUGUUUCCGUGCGCUCCGGAUUACGAUGUUCCGUUGCACCAGAAGCGGUUUAGUCAUGCUGGCCACAUGACCUGGAAAGCUGUCUGUGUGAUGAGUGCCGCAACCCCAUAGUCUCCUUUGACUGGAUUUAACCGUCCAGGGGUCCUUUACCUUUUUUCUCAGCCUAACCCAUCUCACAGGGCUGUGAGAAUAUUAUGGAGAAGCGGGAGGACCAUGUACACUAUCCUUGAGGAAGGAUGGGAUAUUAAUGCAGUAAUAAAUAAACAUACAGAUUUUUAUGGAACACUAUUUCAUCCAUCCAUGAUAUAACAACAAGUAUAUAACCCAUUUUAAGUGGAACUGAUUUUCUUGUACAUCUUAACACCUCAUAACUUGGUUAAUGUUUUUUAUUAUGAUUAUUUUUAAGUGCUCAACCUCCGAGUGGAAAUGAAGAAGAAGCCGCUGCUGAAAAUGGUGUCGUGAAAACGGUGAUUGAAACCAAUUAUUUGAUGUACUUGGAUUCUGAACAAACUGCUUGUGGUGACUAAUGAACUCAAGUCAAUGUGUUUUUUUGCAGGAUGUUAUUAUCCAACAUUCAGUUAAGUCAACCCAGGUGCUAAAUGAUUUGAAAAAUCCAAAGCUUGAUAGUGCGGCUUCUGGAAUUAGGCUCAUCUUUGAAAGCCCAUCCAAUAAGUCAGCUUCACUGUCCUCUUCCUUUUUCCCCCCCUUCCUUUUCCACAAUGGUGUUGAACAUCAGUCAAAAUCUGGUACAACAUUAUGAAUAGAUUUAACAUGAUUGCAAAAACAAUUUAGUUCAGUAGGAGUUUGUUUGUUUCACCAAGUCAUGUGAUUGCAUUUAACUAAUGCUGAAAUACUUGCCUUGUUACUGAAAAACAACAAAACAAACUACCUGAUACAGACAGUCUUCAUACUACAUGCACAUAACACAGCCCCAAUGGCUGUUUGUUGUGAAGAAUGGUAGUUUUAGAAGAGACCAGCUGGGUAGAUAAGUAGUAUUUUAGCCCUUGUCCCAAUACCUGUUUUUUUUCUCUUGCAUUGAGGUUUGGAGCAAAAAUAAAUAAAUCUGGUGGAGUAAGGGCUGAGCAACCCCUCCUCACCUGCCAUAUCUCUGCUCAUACUGGAUCUUGCCUGAAGCUGGUUUUCUCUGGAAAAAAUGCUGAUAGGACUGUGCUACAUUGCAUUUGUGUCUGAUAUAUAAAUUAGUGCCAUUUCAUUUGUGAGACUGUACUGUGAAUGAUUCAUGGAUUAUUAGUACUAUUAUUUAAGGGGGGAGAUUAAAAUAAUAUUUCCAAAGCUAGCAGUAUCAGUGAAUAAUUUGUCCAACUUUGUGGAGGAGUGGCUGCUUAGCUUUCUAAUGCAUUUGAUAGCAUUUUUGGUUGAUGCCCACCAGUAUUUUCAAUGGAUACUGUGGACAUAUGCAUAAGUAUUUCAGACUUAUUUUUAUUAUUGUGUUAUUUCUCAUUCAGCACUAGUUAGAAAACCUUAAUAGUGAGGAUGCUUGUGUCCAGAUCCAUUGUAAGUCAGUGGCAGAGCCCAUAUUGACUUCAGUGGUGCACCAUAGUAGUACAUAUGAAAAGGUCCUGGGGCUGUGAAAUGAGCCAGAUUUCCUACUCUUUCUCUCUUGAGAUGUCAGUGUUUAUCCUCAACACUCAGUUUUCUGCUUAGUUUUUUUAUUUUUUGGAAGUCUUAAAUGAUAUAAAUAUUACCCAGAUAUCAAAAAAGCAGUAACAUUUUUGUAUUUUGAAAUAAUUGUAGUGAAAGUACUCUAUUAAAUAUUAGUCUGCCUUUGUUGGUCACUUACUUACAUUGAAUGUAAUUUGUAACUGUGAUCUUUUUUCUUGUAGAAAGCAACAGAGGCCGAGGAUGACAGUGAUAGUGAUAGUGAUGACGAUGAAGACGAUGUUCAGGUCACAAUAGGAGAUAUUAAAACAGGAGCCCCACAAUAUGGGUAAGCUGUCAGCAGUGAUGUGGGGCAGAUUAUCCUAUGCAGAUUACUCUAGUUUGCAUUGGAAAAUUAUCAGAAAACCCAUAUCACUGGUUGGUUGGUUGGUUGGUUGGUUGGUUGGUUGCUGGCGGUCUCAGCAUCUGACUUCCAUGACACAAGGGAUCUGAUCUAAGGCAGGCAAGUGAAUAUUCACUUCCCUUGUCAAACUGUAGCAAGGAAACGUGUAAGUUGUAACACUUUUUGUUUUUUGUUUUUCAACCAUCUGGCCAUGUGUUUGAUCAGGCCAGUUUCAUUUUUGAUGGACUAAUCACACGUGGGCUUUUUAUAAGUAACAUACAAAGCUCAAAAUAAAAAAAAAAGUUUUUUCCCUUUCAGUACUUUGCCAGGUUGACUAAUUAAAAAGUAACACAAUCCAACUGAUUUUAGAUAAUAUAGCUUUAUAAUGCAACAUCUUGGUUUUUCAUAAUAUUGAAAGUCUGCACUUAUGCUGCAGAUACUUUGAAACACAGGAUUCAAAAUGGGAAUAUGGUGCCAGCAUGUUCCUCAAAUUCUUAGGGGUUUUCUGUGCCUUGGAUAAUGUUGUUACAAAAUAUUAGGCUUUGUUUCAUGUGCAAAUAAUGGGUGCUAAAGUUGGCAGCUGUCAACCUUCCUUUUUCCACUUAAUAAUACAAACACUAAUUUUUAGGUAUGGAGCAGCCCCAGUGAAUCUCAAUAUCAAGACAGGAGGACGAUCUUACGGAUCUUCUGGUAAGUGUCUUCUGUGCUGUCAAAAAUAAAAAAAUAGAAGAAAAAAAUCAGCUUUCUGUAGUGACUAUCCCAAUCAUUAUUGUACAGCAAGAAAUUAGAAAAACAUUGAAAAUGAAUGCAUUUAUUUACAACUGUAAAGUUAUUAAUUAUAUCAUUGCAAUAAUUUUUUUUCUCAGCAAUAUUAGGUAGGUUCUCCUGAGAGAUGUUCCCAGGGUACCUAUUGAAAGUCUUUCUUCCCCAUGUAUCUGUAGUUAUUUCAUUGUUUUCAAUUAUUUGUCAGGCUUAAAAACACAGAGGUGCUUUAAUUCUGGAUGUAGAAUUGUUAAUAGUGUGAUGGUUCUUAUGAUAAUAUUUUGACACUUCUUUGUAGGUGCAAAAGUGAAAGGAGUUGAUCUGGAUGCACCAGGAAGUAUUAAUGGUGUUCCACUAUUAGAAGUUGAUUUGGAUUCCUUUGAGGAUAAACCUUGGAGAAAGCCAGGUAACAAAUUUUGCUGUUUGAAUUUUUAUCACUGUAGAAGCUUGUCAGUGAGAUUGUAUAAAAAUGUGGGUUUUCCAUGUAGCAAAUUAGAACUUAAGCCAUUAGUCAACUAGAAAGUAGGGUGAUCACUAUUGCUCAGAACCCAAUGAACACAAUUUAUGGAUAAGAAGUUAUGUUGUUAAUUUCUUAAAUCAAUGUGGAAUAAACCCUUACUUAAAUAAAUGAAUUUUCAUGUACAAGAAUAUGCCUGUGCAUCUUUUAAAUCAUCGUAUCAACAGAGCAGUCCUCUUAGCUGCAUAGGUGUCUCUUGAGCAUCUGCUUGGAGUCUGCUUUGCUGCAGUUGUUCUUUGCUAGAUUAUGUACCAUUUGGUCAAGUGCUCUCUCCCUUGUACUGCAGUUAAUUAAUUGUCACUGCUGGUAGCUAAUAUGUGCUGCAGGGGGGAGUAGAAAACACCCCCUUUUAGAAUGGUUUUCAGCUAUGUUUCACUUAAAAACCAACAGCUUAGUGGAGGACUGGGUUAUUUCCCUUCCUCUCUGCCAGUUGAGUUGUAACUUUUAGACUGUGUUUUAUCCCUCUUCAGGUGCUGAUCUCUCAGAUUAUUUCAAUUAUGGGUUUAAUGAAGACACCUGGAAAGCAUACUGUGAAAAACAAAAGAGAAUACGAAUGGGACUUGAAAUUUUACCUGUUAACUCAACAACAAAUAAAAUUACGGUAAUGAAUAGACUCUCUGAUUACCAAAUUAUGGAAAUGCUUUUCCUUCUGAAGUUGGAAUAGCACUGUCUCCGCAGUGAGUGUUAGAAGUCUUUGUGUGGUUCAAAGUACAUACCUACUUUCCUUCCUCUUCCUGUCACCCAGAAGUUUUGCUCCAUUUCUUUGUUGGCCUUUGUGUUGAUAGUGUGGAACCACCAAGCUACAACUAGCUUGUAACCUGUUGUUAGUUGUAUUGUAGCCCAUCAGUCCAUAAUGUGGUGUUUUAAUGGGCAAUGUGUUAUUUAACUUAGGCCGAAGACAUUGCUAUGGAAGUAACUCCAGGGGCAGAGAUUCCAGAUGGCACAUACAAUCUUUUUAAGGUGAAUGUUGGUAAACUUUCCUUAGUCACUCUAAUCACUGUUUGCCAUACCAUUUCCAAGGUCUGAAUCUAAGCACAAGUGGGCGUAGCUGUUUUCCCCAAGUGUUUUGAUGUAUACUCCAGAUGUGCUGCAUGUAGAACCCUAUAAUUUACCUUUGCUGCUGCAAGCCUGUGACUUGAUGGCCUAAUGUACUAAUGAUUGCUAUGGCAGUUGUUUAAUUCCUUGUAUGCUGCAUCCCUUUAGUCAGAUGACUUUCUAGUUUAUGGAAGUGUCGAUGUUUAAUGUGUUUUUAUUUUCUGUGCAGUAUUCAAGUGAGAAAACAUGCUGGAGAAUGAUCAGAACCAAUUGAAUGGAUGGCUUCUCUUGUGGCCUCCCCACCCCUUUCUCACUCACUGAUAUCAGGAAUGAUCCACUUCUGUAUUAUUGGGGGCAGAGCAAUUUACUCCCUCAUAGAUAACUCUAUAAAGCUGGCAGUAAGGAUAGAGGAACACAUUUUUUGGCUGGUGUUGGCAGACAGCUGUCGUCACUGACCCUUUCACUCUGAUGUGCAUGGAGAGCUCCAGGGAGGGAACAGUUUUAUUAGCCUUACAAGAUACCGGGAAGCAGCAAGAACAUUGACUGUUUCUGAAGUUAGAACCUAGACAUGAAACUCUGCCUUUCCCCUGCCAUACGUUCCCGUAGAAGGACUCACAGGCAAUGCAGUGUUUAUCUCUUUCCUGCAUGAAGUGUGUGAGUUUUCUGUCCUCUUGAGAUCUCUGUGCUGUGUGGAGAACUUGGGGGAGGAGAGGAGCCUUGCUUUGUGCUGGAUAAAUGGUAGGAGGUCUCCAUUAGGAACUGCAUUUGUGGACACCUGAGUGUAAAAACUUUAUAUUAAGGGACGACAUGGUGUGAGAUGAUGAGUAGGUUCCUGGUGCCAAGGAACUAAUAUGUUUUUGGAAAAGUGGCUUCAAGAUUGAUGGGGGUGCUUUGUUUUUCCAGAAUGCAUAUUUGAGUACAGUUGAAUAGAAUGUGUAAGCUCAUGCAAACUCUUUGUUUCUUAAAGUGAAAGUUGGAACUAUACAAUUCCCUUUCUUUAAAACACUUUCAUUUAGGUUGGGCCAGUAGGGGCCAGGUGGAGGAGGUUUUAGCCCAAGGGCAACCAGUUACCAAUCACUUUCUAUGCACAGUUGUCUAAUAUAAUUAGUUUUACUAUAUAAAUAAGAAUGCCUGAUCAAUGUGCAUACUAUAUGCCUGCAGGUAAAUUUGAAUAGAGAUUUUGGAUUGGAUUCACUAGCCAGGUUUUCCAUUCUUUAUUAGCGUUCAGUAUUCCAAUUCUGGGUACAGAAGACCUAAUUGAUGUCAAAUCUAGACAAGGCUGAUGUAAUACUAAUCAUUUGAAGUUUGCUCUUUCCUAGUUCGUUUGUCUCUUAUUUUGUAUUGUAUCCUUUAAAUGACCUCAGGGUGGCAUUAAGCCUAGCAGCAAUUCUAAGAAGUAGUGACUUUCAAGGCCACCUUGCAAACUUAAUAUUUAAAUCUGGAUUUGAACUUUGGUUUUCUACAUUCAAAGUCAGAACUCUGACUGCUGCACUGCAAUAGCAGACUUUGAAUGCUCCUGAUUUAAAAUUCUGUGGUCCAGUGGUGCUUUUCACUAACAUCUGGUGAGAAUUUGAAGGCUAGAUGUGCUUUGCUGCCUUCAAAUAGGGGGAGAUCUUUGGGAAUACAUUAGACUUUUGGUGAUAGUAUGGAUGCCCAGAUUGGAGAGUUUUAACAGUCCAGAUGGCUCUGCUCUCUGAGACUACUUGAUGGCAUUGGAGUGGUAUGUUGGUGACAUUUCUGAGCAUGAAGCUGUGAAAAUGGAUGUGGUUUACCCUACGUGCCCUGCUCUUUGGCAAUUUAUACAGUCUUAAUUAGCUGUACAACACCACAAUGUUCUUUUUGCCUAAAUAGAGGGAGAGAUUAUUGCCACAUACAUAGCAGUAAUUAUUUGUUGCCUCAAGCAAGUAGCUAAGAGCACCCUGCUCUAUUGUAAAAAGCAAGGGUUUUGAUUCCUGUCUCUGCUUAAUUUGUAUGUUAAGUUUUGUUUACUUUACUUGAAGAAUUUUCUUAGCAAGUGGGAGGCAUUUUUUUAAUGACACAGUUCAUGUGCAGGACAGUCUGCAUGAAGACUAGUUAGAUUAUUACAGUCCUUGUUCAAUGGCUUGGAAUUCUUAAAUUUAUAGAGACACAAUCGUUCUGUAGCCUUGUUUCUUUCUGAUGUUGAAGAUUGGCAUGAUUAUCUGAAAGGAGAUGAUCACAUGUAAUAAGACUACAAUUACUGUAGCUUUUUGCUCCAGAUGCCAUGAAGAACUGCUUUUCCAUGGUGGAGACCAUGAGUUUGUUUUGCUUUUGUUCUGGUAGAAACCUGGUUGUUCAAACUUUUCAAAAGUUCACCAUACUAUAAUUUUCAGUUUCUCUCCCUCUCCCACAUGGAAGAAGUAUGCUUUACAGAAAAUCUUACGUAGGCUGCAGCAAAAUAAUACAAACAUUUUUGGCAUUCAGAGAGUUACUUUUUGCUCAUUCAUCAAACAUGUCCAGUGGAAUUUUUUUUUAUUUCUCACCUGUUCCCUUUUGAUAUAUCUGAUCUUUAUGCUGUAGCACAAACUAUUUUUGAAACUCCCCCAGAUUGAAAGAAGGUUUAUCAUAGGCUUGUGUGGGCGACACAGGCUCUUUUGGGUACAUGGAACUAGUUGCAACAGUCUUUGAAUCCAGGCCAUAAUUUUCCUGCGCAAGAUCUGCUAAGAUGAGCAGCUAUAAUUUGUUAAGAGUUUUGUUCUUCAGCCUUGUACUUAAGCAUCUUGACUUGAGUACUUGACUUAAAGAUGCUUCCUCCCCCCCCCCCCCAAUACAUUAGACAGUGCUAAUGAAGAAACUUUAUUCUGAAGGUGCAGCAGGGAAGAACUGGAAACAUGGAGAAAGAAAUGCCACUUCCACCAACCAAAACUGAGUUUACUUCUCCCCCUCCCUUAUUCAAGACAGGCAUCCCAUCAAACAGGUCAGUUGGAUAUUUUCAAAUUGCCAUAGAGAGAAAAUACCUUCUGGCUGUUACCAUUCUCUUAAACUGAAGAAAAGAAAAGUUUGCUAUCCUUGUCUCAAAUCUUAACCUUUUUUCAUAUUUUAGUUUGCAAUCCUAGAUGUAUUUGAAGUGUGUGGAAUUUUACCAGGAAAAGUUAAAGGGAUUUAAUUAUAUUUUAGCAUGAUCUAUAGUAAGAAUGUGGAUUUUUAAGUCCCUGUUUAAAGCAUCUGUGCUAGGUAAGUACAGAUAAUGAGCUGGACUACAUGAUGGUAUCACUGACAGGAACAAGCUGCUUCCCUUGUCCUUCCUCCACAAGGACUAGACUGGAAGCUUUUGUUUCAUUUCCCCAUUAAUUGUAUCUUAUCAGCAGCAUGCUCACCUACACAAUGCGUUAAGUAUAGCUUGUUUGAAAUGAGCCAAAUUCAGACCAUAGUUUGUGAAACGGUUUUGUUUAAACAAACAGUAGUUGAGAUUAAGCAGUUUAGGGUUUGAACAAGGCUUACUGUAUCUUUUCUUGAAAGCACUGUAGUAACCCACAGGUGGUAUUUCUAUUUUAAUGUUUUGCUUAAUGUUUUACUCUAUCCUACUCUAUGUGUUUUGGUGCUAUGUACUAACUGUUUGCUUGUGAUUUAUGAUUAUAAAUCUGUGUGUAAUGCUUAGGGAUUUUGUUAAGUGAUGUAUUAAAGAAUGAACAAACAUCACUGUCAUGAUUAAUAAAAUAUAGAAAUUUCUUCCUUGACUGCACUAGCUGUGUGCAUGAAGGCUAGCUUUGGCUCAUGCCGAUUGGUGAUAAACUCUGGCUUAUCAUGAUAUCCAAACUGGCCAAGGGUUGGUUCAAAUAUUAAAACCUAACCAUGGUUUGGCGUUCCAUGAAUGAACCCUGUACUUGCCUGUUUCCUUUGCUUAAUAACUUCCUCAUUUGGGCACGAGCCAGGAACAUAGGCCUGACCCACCAUUAGCCCUAUUAUUGCAGGAAAGUGACACAAACCCAGGGAUUAAAUACAAUAACUUAGUGUUCUUUUUCUUGAUAACAGCAUUACUGGCUGUGCCUCAUCAAUGGAAAGCCAGAUCAGAGUCCCCAGUAGAGACCUGGAUAAUUAAGUCUGGGACACCUUACACAGAGAAGGAAAGGGGUCAAAAAGGGAUAGAUUUGAGGAGGUUUUGUUUCUGCUCUUCUCUUCCAUCAAUAAGGGACAACAUACUCUAUAUCUACUAUGUGGAAAGGCCAAUUGGGGGUUCAUUGAAAGUGGGGUAAUGCCUGAGGAAAAGAAAGACCUAGAAAAUUUAUCUCACCAGAAACAGCGCCUCUUCUCAGUCACAGCCGAGCACUGCAGCCAGAAAAACAAGUUCAGGUGUUGGGAAGUGGCAGGACCGAUAUGGGAGGGCUGAAUCGCCGGAACUAAGGUAAGAAGUUAAAAGGGACAUGGUCCUUUUUGAAUUACAAUGUUCAUUUUACUCAUUGGUUGCAUGUGUUUAGGCAAGGCUGCUGUAGAAUAGCAUUCUUGACUUUAGUGUAUGCCCAGGUUUUGCAGCACAAACCCCUAUCCUUAAUUCCACAGUAUAAAUGUAGUGGGUAAUAAUAGCCACACUUCUUACAUAGAGCAAAAGUGCUAAAUCGUAGAGUGCAGUGAUAUCUGGCGAUUAAUACUAUCAAAGCCAGGUAGGUUUUGUUCUUCUUUCUCAAUAUAAUAAGCAUUUGAUAACAGGGAAGCAUAGAAAUAGGGCAAGCUUCACAUCAAAAUAGCAGGUUUCAUAUGCUGCUAACAACAGGAUACGAACUAGUUUGUAAACCGUGUGUGCCUGUGUAUCCCCUUCUUUCCAUUGUGGAACACAAGGUGGAUACCCACCCAGUACUUGCCAGACUCAUACCUUUAGAUAGCUGGUGGCCUCGCAUCCCUUCAUCACACACCAUAGCACCAUACUUUUAAAGUAUCAGUUUGUGAAAUUACAAAGUAAUUCUUUGCAGACAGGAUGAACCUCCCAACCCUUAACUUCCAUCACUUUUAACAAUAACAGCUUUUGUGACAGUUGCCGCAAUAGUAGGUAUACCUACUUCUCUCCAAAAAGGUUGUUGAUUACUAGCUUAUUGCCUCCAGCUAGAUGAAGUGUAUAUGUCAUUUUUGUCAGUCUUCAGGCACUGAUAUUUUGUGUUUUGAUUUGUUUGGCUAUUUAAUCUACAUGUUGCAGACCCUAUAUUAACUUUGUUUUCCCACCUAGUUCCUAAGUAUAAGAUUUUAAACCUAUAUUUUUAGUGGUUUCUGAUUUGUACUCAUUCAAGGGUCCACAAAUUUUGCUUGGCUUGAUCACUUCUUCAAGGAGCAGGAUCUUGGCACUGACCUUCCACUAUAACUCUGAAACUAUAAAUGAUUUCCAGGACAAUCCCUUUGCCCUUGAAGCUGGGGUGGGGUGGUGAGGCAGGGAUCAUCAUCACAGCUAAACAGUACUUCUGAGAUACUUAGGGCUCUGUUGGAUUCACUACAGUCGCAGCACAAAAUAGGCUUGUAGAAAUAUUGUCUGCUGAUUUUGGACACAAUUUGUUGUCUUUUACCGUAUUGUCCUACCUUUUCCCCAACUCCAAGGUUGAAAGGAAGGUUGGACGUCAUUGUGCUUGCCAGAGGAUGGUAGAAUACUGAUCAUGCUGAGUAUGAUCACUUAAGUUGAGUGAAAUUGUGGACCCGUGUCAGUGUAGUUCAUAUUAUGUUUGAAUGUUGAAGCCUUUUAAGUACAGAUUAGGGGUCCUAAUUUUCUGGUGUAUAGUCUGCCUCUGUAUGCUUGCUGCUACCCUCUUCCUAUUGCUAAUGAUCAAUGCAGCUUCAUCUCCUAACCAUUAUUUUCUGUUUUUUCAGAGCAGGUUACACUAAUAAAGAUUUAACACCCUAAAAUUCUUAACUGCUGGCAAAAAGGUUGUGUUUGUCUUCUGCUUUUAGUUUGCCUGCUUGCGUGUUCCCUUGAAAUACUGUUGAAGAUUUCAAGGCUUCUCUUAGGUUACGUUCUCAUCAGCUGUUUGUAAAUUUUGGCUCCUUUGUAACUAGUGUAGAAUUCAUUCAUCCAUAUAUUUAUCAUCUGGUAGUUAAUGUUUGACUUAGCUGUGUUUUGUUUUAACAAUAUUAAAGUUGUUGACUGUUGUUGCCGGACUAUUUCACUUCUGUAGCUACAGGCACUGUGCAGGGAUAGAAAAAUGUCAAUUCUUAAAGGGGAAAACUGGGGUGUUCCCUUCUUUAAAAGUUAAUCUGGAAAUGAUGAUGAUGAUAGAAGAUUUAUUGCUUGCCCUUCACCACAAGGUCCCAGGACAGGUCUCAACAAUGUAAAAUACAAUAUUAAAAACAGUUUAAAACAUAUUAUGCAAAAGGCGUGUUACAAUAAGCUAUCCACAUUUUCAACUCUCUUCUGAGCUCGGCCACAAAUUUCGACUGUCCUCUCAGCCACAUGAAUAUUGGGAGGUAAGAGUAACUCUUGAGAGCUAGCUUUUGUAUGCUGGCUCUGUGUCAUACUUGGAGAGGGAAUACUCUGGUUUUACGUUAACUUGCUUUGUUUGUAUUUACUUCAGUAGGAUAUGAAUGGUAACACUUUGUCUAGAAACCACCCAACAAAAAAAGUUGAGGUUUGCUUCACUUUGGGGUGUAUGUUACAGCAGAUUUGGAAACGUGCCUGUCAGAAGGAUUUAUAGUUGAGGCAUCACUGCCUGUUCAUGAAUUGAUCUUCUCUUCUUAGGCAAUAAUAUUUGCUAGGAAUUAUAGUUCUUUACCCUGUCUAAGGAUUGAGAGUAGAGGUCAACAGCAGAUGACUCCAAAGCUGAAUCUGCCUUGUUGGGGAGAUCAGCUUUCAGCCUGAAGGCAGGAGGUGCAGAGAGCAGUAACAACAUGUAUUCCACUUGUUGAUGGAGAACCUGGCUCUCACAAGUUGUAUACUACUAGUUGGCUACCAGAGUUUCAUUUGUUGGAUAGGUGCCUUGCUUUAUAUAUGUGAUAAACAGCGUGAAUAGUUCAUCACGUACCUUCUUAGUCAUGCAGUCUUUCAUUUUAAGUAAUCUUGUGAAACUUUAGCUUCUAUUACCUCCACCUUUAAUUUCAAGGAUUUUUUUCUUCAAUAGAAAAGCAAGUAUAUGCUAGGUUUGAAUAGAUGCCUCUUAUGGUCUAAACCACAGCUCCAGUUGCUCGGUCCCAGCUCCUGCCCACCUAGCAGUUCGAAAGCAUGUCAAAGUGCAAGUAGAUAAAUAGGUACCACUCCGGCGGGAAGGUAAACAGUGUUUCCAUGUGCUUCUCUGGUUCCCCAGAAGCGGCUUAGUCAUGCUGGCCACAUGACCCGGAAGCUAUAAGCCGGCUCCCUCGGCCAGUAAAGCAAGAUUAGCGCCGCAACCCCAGAGUCGCCCGCGACUGGACUUAACAGUCAGGGGUACCUUUACCUUUUUAUUUCCUCUUCAUAUUGCUAAUUCUCAGUGAUACCGCUAUACAGUAUUUUAUAUUUAAACAGAAAUACAGUAUGUUUCUUCUUGGGGGAUGACACAUCAUCUAUUGAGAUGAUCUUGCUGCCUUUAAUAAACAAAGAAGCAGAAAAAAACAACCCUCAGCUGAUUAUCCUUGUUGAGUAAUAGCCUUUUGAAACGUAUGCACAAGGCGUUUGAAAGGCUUGAGAUGUGUCCCCCCAGGUCUUUCUCUGGUCUUGUGUGUCAGUGUAACAGUUCCCUUUUAUAUUUCUUUUCAGAAGGCUUUCUGGUACAAUAGAUGUGAUUGGACAGACAAUCACGAUAAGCCGAGUAGAAGGAAGGCGGCGUGCGAAUGAAAACAGCAACAUACAGGUUUCCUUUUUCCCUCUUACAUAUGCGUAUUGGGUACAACAAGACUGACUUUGCUUUCACCUUAGCCUCAGUUUAAAGAAUUGAAAAUGUGAUGCAUAUAAUAUUUGAUAUGCAAAAGGAGUGAGCAAAUAGAAAGCAUAUAUUUGUUUAAGCCACUUGUCAAGAAAUUGGAGAAAAUUGCAGCUUGAAAGAACCCAGUGGCUUGUAUCCAAUGUAACCAUCCCAUCAGUGUAAGGAUUCACACUUGUGCAAUGGGACGUCUCCUCCCCCCUCCCCCGCACAGCCACUAAAUCUGUUCUUGGAGUUCCCCCAACACUACGGAACAGAUUUCGGGAGGGUGUGGGGUAUGCAUUGGAAAGUAGGGGGAGAAGUUGUAUUUAUUGCUCAAGUGGAAAUCCUUGCACUGACAAGACAAUGCUUAGUACUGCAUUGGUUACAAGUCUUUGCCCCUUGAAAAAGGAUACAUUUAAUUAAAGUAUGGUAUGCAAUGAGUGCUCUUAGGGUGUUAAAGUCAUCAGCAUCCAUUACCGCUAAUGCAACAUAGAAUUGAGGGUAAUGUUUGGCCCAGGCAUGCUCACACUUAUGUGUUCCCAAAGUUUCACCUUGCAUCUUCUCAUUUCAACUGGUACACAUUUAGAAGUGUUUGUUAGCGAGUGAGAGAUCAAAAUGCAUAGGAUAUUCCAGCAACGACUUGUAUUAUCCUUUUAAUCUUCAGAGUUUUUACUGAGAAAUUUCUCCUGUUUCUGUUGGAAGGCAAAUGCACGUUUCUUCAUUUCAGAAAAAACUUUACUUAAUCUGUAAGUUAGGGGGAACUAUGCAUCCCCCCCCCUUUUUCAAAAGAAAAUUGUAAUGUUGGUUUUGUUUUGUAGGUUCUUUCUGAACGCUCCAGUGCCGACGUGGACAACAGUUUUACCAAGCCCCCUCCGUUUUUUCCUCCAGGAGCUCCUCCCACCCAUCUUCCACCGCCUCCUUUUCUUCCGCCACCUCCAUCUGUCAGUACUGCUCCCCCUCUGAUUCCUCCUCCAGGUAAAAAAAAAAGAUGCAGAAAGGAAAAAAAAAACCCCAUAAUUAGCAGUGUUUCUAUUUAGAUAGCUAAAGUUGUGUUCAGGGUGUGUUUUAUAUAUUUAUCUAUAAUUGGGAUUUGAUGUUUUUCUGGCCAGUAAAAGAUUUGCAGUUUGCUUGACAACUUUCAAGAGUUACCUUGGCUUCACAUGGUCCUCUCUUAUGAAGGGUUUUUCACAUCUUUUCCUCAUCUUUCCUUCGAAGGCAUUUUUCUUCAUUAUUUGCAUUUUCUCCUCCACGGGUGAAGAUCCCCUUGCUUCACUGACGUUGCAUUCAGCUACAAUUUGCUUCAUGUAAGGGCUGGUGACUUGUGGCCUCCAGGCAGAAUUGGAUCAAAGGAAGGCUGCCAGCUGGUGAAGGAGCAGGGCGGUAGAAAUGCUGGCCAUGCUCCCAUCACUGCUUUAAAUUAAAGUGAAGCACUGAUUUUUAAACCUUUGCAUAGGCAAACUGCAAACCUAAAUGCUAUUCGGUCACCUGUGAAAAUGAAAUGCAUUAUGAAUCAUUUAGCUUAUAUUAAAUCUUAAGCUGCUUUAUGACAUAUAUUUAGGACACUGUUUUUAUUCAAACCAUAAUUACAAAUAUUUUGUAACCCAAUAUACAGUGGUACCUCGCAAGACGAAUGCCUCGCAAGACAAAAAACUCGCUAGAUGAAAGGGUUUUUUGUUUUUUGAGCUGCUUCGCAAGACGAUUUUCCCUAUGGGCUUGCUUCGCAAGACGGAAACAUCUUGCAAGUUUGUUUCCUUUUUCUUAACACCGUUAAUACAGUUGCGACUUGACUUCGAGGAGCAACUCAUAGAACGCGGUGUGGUAGCCUUUUUUGAGGUUUUUAAAGACUUUGGUGAUUUUUGAAGCUUUUCCAAAACUUUCCCGACACCGUGCUUCGCAAGACGAAAAAAAUUGCAAGACGACAAAACUCGCGGAACGAAUUAGUUUCGUCUUGCGAGGCACCACUGUACUUGUAAAUAGUGGGGAAACGAGUUGAAAAUUUCAUCAUUAUUAUGGUAAACAAUUGUUAUUUGGAGUUACAGUGGAACCUCGGUUGUCGAACGUGUCCACGCAGCUUCCGUUUUGAGUUUCCCUAUUGUAUUGAGGCUUCCGCUUUCAGUUUUUGGUUUUCGAAAGUUUCGGAAAUCGAACCGUCUUCUGGAAUGGAUUACGUUCGAAAACCGAGGUUCCACUGUGGUACAUAGUGCUUGAUUUCUAUCCAUCAAGAAACAAAAGGAACUCCUACGUUGAACAUCUAUGGCUCAGUACAUACACCAUGGGUGGAAUUCAGCAUAGCGCUAAAGACAUAAUUCCAUUGAUGCAAACGUUUCUGUUGGAAAUGCACUUACACAAAAUCAAGUUAAUUCCUACCCUCCUAUGAUUCGUAUAGGGCUUUCCUUCAUUUUCUGUUUGUGUUUUUCUGGGAUUUCACAUGUCUGCACAGCGGCUGCAUGACUUUCCAACCAAUUUCAUUCCAGCAAGGGAAGGAGGGGAGUCAUGAAUGUAGUUCUGGACAAACACAGUUUGCUUCUGGAUUACCUGGAAGCAUUGGGCAACUGCAUAUGAGCCUCUACUUCCUUUUCUAAUGCAGCAGUUGGCAUGAAGCUGGCUGGAAAGUUGCACAGAGGCUUCUGGCAGUAAUGUCAAACCACUGUCUGUGACUCUUAUUUCAAUAACUUAACUGCUGCCUAGCAUGGUAGGAAGUGGAUUCCUGAGGUGGGCUAGUCUUCAAAAGCAGUCCAUACCAACUGCUUCCCUUUUUUGCCUAUGUUCUUUUCCAUGUUUCUCUGACCCUGUAAACAUUAAAGGGAUUAUUGGCCCUACUUUCCAUUCUCUGGAUGAUGUCCCUUUUCUAAGACUUUUGCUCUCUCUUCCUGGCCCCUUUCAGAUUUGGCAUCUUUGUGGCAAAUUGCAUUCUUUACUGUGUGCUUAAAUUCAUAUGGGCUAAACAAAGUGGGAAAGAGGAAAAGCUAAAAUCAUUUUUAUACACAGCCCAGGUAGUGCAUUGUUAAUGUGUAGUACAAAAAGGCCAUGAAAAUUUACAGUGCAGUCACGAGCAUGGGACUUAUAUUGUAGUAUGUAUGUUUAGGAUUGCAGCCUUGGUGCUCUUAAACAGGGGUCGGCAAGGUUUACCUUGCCUGUGCCGGUUCACUCCAGCGGAGAUCCUUCCAUGGGCCGGAUUGUGUGCUUCCGUGUUUUUCAUUGUCUGUGUCUACGCAGAUGCAAUUUCCGGUGCCACAGAAGCGAGUCAUCGCGCUGCGCCAGUUUAGUGCAGCGCGUGGGGACUUACCGAGUAGGCGGCUCAGUUCCAGGGGGGGGGCUCUUGGGCCAGUUAAACAACCCCCAUGGGCCUCUUGUGGCCGAUGGGCCUUAGGUUGCCAAUCCCUGCUCUUGAAUAACAUAAUUGCAGUUGGUAUACAGCUUGCCAUGUGAUUAUGCUGGAAAUUUUUGAACAAAAAGGGAGCAACAUUUAAAGUACAGUAAUUCUGUAGCAUAGCACUUGCAUUCGUGGUUGGUUGGAGAAAUAGGAGAUGUGUUGCCUUCAAAGAAAUAGGAAUGUAAAGAAUAAUAUUAGCCUAAGCCUUGGGGUGAACUUCUAGUCCCACCUACAAGUAAGAGGCAAUCUUAAAGAAGAAGCUUUCAUCUGUUGAAGUUCAAAGUUAAAAUAAAUUGCAUGUGUUGUGACUUUAGUUGAGCCCUUUGGUGAAAGGAGCAGAGGACUGGUAACAUUCAGACAGGUUGAUGAGAUGAGCCCAGCCAGAAGAUUUUGUUUGCUAUCUCCUGUAUUUUCAGCCCAUUUGAAAAUAACUUAUAAGUAGUGGCUUUGGCUUCUCCAGGCUUAUUUUAAUUUUGCUUCUGCCAGCAUUCUGUCUUCAAAGCUCCUACCAAAAUAGAACCUGCCCAUUCCUCAUUGGUUUAAAGAGGGAAAAGUUUCUUGUUAGUUUCUUGUUACCUAAUAUUAGCUUGGAACUACUGGCCAGAACGUUUAAGCAUUCAAAUAUAAAACAUCCUUCAGAAGAUCCUUUGAAAAAGGAUCUCACUUUGAAGUUUGGUCUCUUGUACUGUGUUCACUUAGCCACUCGUGAUGCAAAUAUCUUUGAGACAAAAAGAACCAUCACUGUUUGAAAAGAUAACACUAGAAAGUUGAACAGCUGCUACUGGAAAGGACUCUCAACUAACAAUUGCAGUAAUAAUGUCUGGGCUAAGAUUUUCAGGAAUUAGGAAUUUUUAAGAAUGCCCAUUCUGUAGACUUUCCUACAAUGCUUUGGAAAAGCAGCUAAAUAUGCUUGUUGGUAAAAUAUGUCAUGUGUCUGUGUUAGAAACGUGGAAGUUAUUCUAUUAAUGCCAUAAAGUCAGUGCAUUUUUUAUGACAGUAUGGCCCAGUUAACAUUAACCUGUCAUUUUACAUUUUGAAUCUGCUGUCUUGUCUGUUAACAUUGAGGAUAUAAAGGCACAGGUGGGUUUUUGCAUUGACUUGUGCAUGCAUAUCCAUACGAAUGUACAGCGAAAGGAGUACAUCCUUACAGGUGUUCUUUAAACUGAUUAUUGUUGCAUAGGUAACUCCAUUAAUUUGUAGGGUUAGAUUUAUAGAACAUGCUUAGUGUUGAUAAUAACACUUUUAUAUUCCAGAUGCUAUGAACCUGGAAUUCAGUGGAAAAUCUUUAUAAGAUUGUUAAUGAAGUUUCCUUGUGUUUACUCAGUGUUGCCUGGACGAUGAAGUCAUGAUAAAUACGGAAUCUUCAGAGCAAUCUGUUAAUUUAGGGAAGCAGCAGCUUUAAGUUAAUUAAUAUGGGUGUGUUACUUUCAGAGAGUUUUAAGCAGCGACCCCACACCACAGAACCUUGUUUGGCACAUGUGUCAAGGUGCAUGCUGUGAAGCCUCCCCGCUCCCCAUAUUUAUGAACUUAAAGCCACUAAUGUCACCUUGCAUUUGGCCCAAAUCCUGCCGCUGGUGCAGCUGCCCACUAAUUCAUCCUUGGAUCAAAGCCCAAUAUGGAGUGGCAGUAGCUGAAAUUGCUAUCAACUCUUACUGGCUUUUUAAUACGUUGUUGGCAUGAGUGCCAUGAUACCUGUUCUGGUAAUGUGGGAAUCAGAAUAAACUCAUUACUGAAAUGACUGGGUGCAUUUUUUUUGUUUUUAGGUAUACCAAUAACUGUGCCACCGCCAGGUAUAUUUAUCUGUUUUAGUAGUAUGAAACAUAAUGUGAAUGCAAUUUUGGUAUAGGGGGACAAUCUGCCACUUCCCUUUUUUAAAAAAAUUAAAAAAUGUACUUUGAUUUCUUUGGAGAAAAUAGCUAAAAUUCAGAAAUAGUUUUUAAUUGCCAGGUAAAUAUAUAUAAUUGAAGAACUGGAUAAAAUAAAUGGAAUAGAAUAAAUAUGCUAAGUAUAAGAUUGCAAGGAUAUGAUGUAAGAAAAUAAUGGUUUAACUUUGGGCAUGUCAUUCCUUUUCACUGUUAUACAGAUUUAUCUUAAUAUAUAUACACAGCUUGCAUGUAUUGGGUUUUUCAGGCGUUAAUUAGCAGUGAUAAGCUAAGGCAACUUCUUUGUUUCUCAAAUAUUUCAGGCUUCCCUCCCCCACCUGGAGGACCACCACCUUCCCUAAUACCGACCAUAGAAAGGUAAAUUUCAGUUUGUAGAAUGAUCUCAACCAAGCACGUUUUCCCUGCAUGUCAAGCAAGGUGUGGUUAUUGCUUCAAGUUUAGAGAACAGCUAGGCAUGGCUCUUGACUUGCUCAUGCCAACAGCCUCUGGUGGCAGUGGGUGGGGAGGAGAAGAUCUAUGGAGUCUGUUAGUAGGUGCAGAAACAGUGCAGGUCCCGGGUUGCUACUUCUUACUUUACCUUGGGCUAAACUUGUAAGGAGGCAAAAGCAGAGAGGAGUGGUGGUAAGCCUUAGUGAGGAGAGCUGUGGUAUAUAUUACCAGCUGGCUAAAAUUUUUUGAUGCUUUGUUUUGUUUAAUUCUUAGUGAAGUGGUUGCUUGUUGGAUUGGUGGAAGCGCUAGGGAAAAUAGUGACUAGCUAUCUCUGUAACUGCUCUUGCAUUUAGUAUUUUUUUCUGGACGCUCUUCCAAUAGACAGAAAAAAAUAAUCCUCCCAAUUGAGUUAUUUUGAAGGCUCCAGGAGAUUUUCAGGUUGUCCUUUCAGUUAGAUUAAGCCCUCAUCAUGCUUUUUCUUGCUCCUUUGGGCACUCUUCCCUACAGAGUCUGAACUUUCAUUGCCUUAUGUACAAUCCCCUGUAGAGUUUAGUCCCUCUGUCAAGUCCUUUUCUCCUGCACUGCUUCCUGAUUGCCGCAUUUCCAACAUACAUUUUUCUUACACAGAAUUAUUUUGUUCUUCCUUACACUUCUAGUUGAAUGACGUUCUCCAUAAACCUAAGAAGCUGAUAAACAUUGCUUAAGGUUUUCAUUAUCUCAUUUCUAAAGCCACAGUCCAAAGGUGUUUUAUAAAAUAUUAAACUGUCUUCAAGAAGAAAAAUAGCACUCAUCUAAGUAUGGUAGAUGAGGUAAAUAUAAUUAAUUCAAGAUAUAUGGGGAGUAAUAAAACAUAUAAUAGAAAGUAAAUUAAACCAUACAUAUCUUUUUUCGCCUUAGUAUUUUACUUAUUUCAGCUGAUAUUUUCCCCAUUCAGAUGAAACUUGGAGAAUGUGAAGUUAAGUAGGAUGCAAGUAUAUUUUUACUUCCCAGCAGGAGUACUGCUGUUCAGCGUCCAUGUCUCCCAGCCAUGCUGUUCUCUAGGAUGCUGUAAACCAGAGCUAGAUCUACCCUUGGCCAAACUUCCAGUGAAUGCAUGCUGGAGGUGGAGGUGACUACUAUUCCCCAAACAUACAGCACACAGAAAGCACACCAGACAGGCAUACAUGCACACCUCUCCUCAGGUGAUCCAUGCAGAUCAUCUGAGAAGGGGUUUUACUUGCCCUCUUUUCAGGACAGUCAUCUGAUGAGUGGGGCAGUUUGCAUCCUCAGCCUAGCACUGUGAUGAGGACACAAACGACUCCAUCCCCACAUGACUCUGCGCCCCCAGUGCUAUUGCCGCCUGGAAAUUGAGCUGGUGGGGAACAUAUGGUGAGCUUGGGGGUUUACCACCCGUAAUGUAAGCUAUAAGGAGCUCAAAUAAGGCAUUCCACUUCUCCUUUCUUCCAUAGGUGUCCCUGCUCCCCCAACAGAUUAAGCACUCAUUAUUUCAUGGCUACUGAGCAUGGUCACACAUCAUUGGGCCAUGGGAGGGGGCUGCCUCCUAAUUUUUUUAAAAAAACAACCCAAAAUUUGUACUUUUUGCUCCAAGCAUACUGAUAUAGCUCUCUUGUUUCUCGGUGGCCCAAUUUUGGCUCCAUUUCUGUCAACAUUUAUCAUCUGAGUUGGCUGUUAGUGUGUAUGAUGAAUAGCAGUCUCAUGAAUAAUGAUUUUAUAUGGCAGACUGUCCAACUGGGACCUUCAUUCACCCUGUCCCUUGUAGUGAAUAAAAUAAAUGUGUGGAUGAAUUUGCCACAUUUGAUUGCUUGAGGGGCAGGAUAGAUUCCUUGCCACAUCAAUCUGUGUAAUGUUUUGCCUGUGCAGAUCUAACAGAUGAUUAUAGCCACUGCUGAGCUGCACAAUAAACACUCCUUCCAGUGUUUGGGAUAGAAUCAUAGAAUUGUAGAGUUGGAAGGGACCAUGAGGAUCAUGUAGUCCAACCACCUGCAAUGCAGGAAUCUUAUGUCUAAUGUGGGGCAUGCAGGGUUGGUCCAGUUGGCCAGAUUGUCUUCCGUCAUCGCACCAGAUCUGAAAGCACAGCAUGUGUAGAGCAAGAGGCAAAAGCCACAGUCACUCCAAAUUACUUUGGCAGAUAUGACAUGAUGGUGAUUUUAUUACCCAGCCUUUACCCUGAGGUCUCAGGGUGGGUUAUAGUACUUUAAAAUACAACAUUAAAAAUAAUUUCCACUCACAAAAAUAGAGUGGGCCCUAAAAAUAUAUAUUAUCAAGUGUCAAAGACCAGCGUAUUGUUGGCACCUGUCUGUCUCAAGAGACAGUAGAGUGCACCAGUCAUACCACUGUGUUAGCAGCACCGAAAUGAUGUCCCUGUGGCAAAAGCCUGGGCAGUGUGAAUAGAGGUCCUGGGCUGCCCAGACGACAGGACCCCUCUCUUGGCCUCACUCAUGCGGCCCAAAAGAAAGCAGAGCAGUAUACAUUGGCGCCAGCUUGGCUGCAGGAGUUGGUGGAAGGAGGUGUACAAGGUGCCAUCCAGCAAUCUCCACUCUGGAUUUGUAUAGGGUUUACUCCUCAGCCUUUUCUUCCCACAAGAUAGUGGAGGUUUAGGAUCAAAGGUAACAAAUCAGAUACAGUGGUACCUCGGGUUGCAAAUGCUUCCGGUUACAAACACUUUGGGUUACAGACUCUGCUAACCCGGAAGUAGUACCUCAGGUUGAGAACUUUGCCCCCUAGGGGCCACUAGGGGCGCAUCAGAAGAUGGCUGACAAUAACAUCUCUCCGACCCACACGAGGUAAUUUGGAGGCUGUGAUGGGAGUAAUAGCCUCCCUACCCCCCCCAAGAUUGGGGGGGCUGCCCUUGCCUGCUGUGCCCUAUACCACCCCCGCAUUUGUGGGGAUGGGGGCACUAGGCAGAAUGCCCUUCUGUGGAUAUCGGCGCUCCUGGACGCUGCCUCUGAUCCGCGCCUCUAGCUGCAAGAACUUCAAAAGGAAUAAUUAGGAAGAAGCGAAUGCACAUAUUUCAAGGAAGGAGGGGGAGUAAAGACUGUUAAGAGAAGAGAUCUCUGAUAAACAAGACGAGUCGGAAGAACAAGAAUUAACCAGAUGAAGACACACCAAGACUCGGUAUGGCAAAAGGACUGGAUGGGGGAGGGGAAAAAACUUUCCUUUCUUUCCUCUAUGUGAUUAAACAAGAAUCCCCCCCCUCACAAGUCAGAAAUGUCGUUUGAAGGACUUAAGCUGUGGAUUUAUGUCUGUGUGGAGAUAAACUUUCUAACCAAAGCAUGUUUUAAGAAGAGCGUGGAAUGUAUAAGGGCUUUGGAAUGACGCAGUUAAAAAUACCGUCGCCAUAUUGGGAAGUUCUGUCGGAGGACUUAAGUCUGGGAGGAGAAAUAGAGAAAUAGAGCUGUUUUUAUAUUGUGGGUGAAACUUCUCAGAGGGACUUAAGAACGACAGUUCUGUGAUUAAUGAUGGAAAGAGCGAUGUUAUCUAUGAAUGCGAUGAUAUAUGGAAACCAUCUCGAUUUGAGGAUUGGAUGAACGGAAAAUUCACACAGGAUUAUUAUUGGUGUUUAUCGGCUUAAGGAGAUUAUCAGAAGAGAUCAUAAAGAAAAAAAGAGAAAAUAUACGAACAAGAUGAGAUGCGGAAACAGCAAGAUAAGACUAGAUAGAAUUAUGAACUUUGUUUGGACUGAUUCGGACAUUAAUGCAGUAGCAAGAAGAUGAUCAGAAUCCCCCUUCGGAUCUUGAAAUAUGGGUCCCCUCAACAAAAUUUAAAAUUCGGCUUUGUAAUUCGGAAUUUAUGUGAUGUGAUUUGAUUUGAUUUGAUUGGUUGGUUAAUAAAAAUUAUUUAUAAAAAAAAGAGAGAACUUUGCCCCAGGAUGAGAAUGGAAGUCACGUGCCGAUGGUGCGGCAGCAGCGGGAGGCCCCAUUAGUGAAAGCGCGCUUCAGGUUAAGAACGGUUUCGGGUUAAGAACAGACCUCCGGAACGAACAAACCUCCGGAACGAAUUAAGUACGUAACCAGAGGUACCACUGUAAUGUUAAAAAUGACACUACAACAGAGAGGUGGUUGCACACUGACUUUUAAAGUAUCACAUGAAUGAUUACAUCCCUGGUAUGACAAGUAUCAUACCCUAUCAGCUUCAGCAACCAGAACUCGCUAUUUUAAAUGGUGAGAUGAAUUUAUUGUGUGCUUCUCUUUCAACAGUGGACAUUCCUCUGGCUAUGAUAGCCGCUCAGCUCGGGCAUUUCCAUAUGGCGGUGGUAAGUGUCUUCAAAGCUGCUUGAAAAUGGGCUGAUCGGGUGGCUACACUUUUAAGUUCAACCUAUGUUGAGUUAGCAGGUUAGCAGCUUGGUGCAAAGCCUGCUCUUUGAGACGCUUCUAACCUUUAUUUUUAUAUGUAACCUCUUCCUCUUGUUCAGGAUGCAUUGAUGCAAACAAGCUUCUCAUAUAAUAGUUUUUAAUUCUUUGGGAAAAAUGGUGCUCAGUUUCUGGUAAGCAUGUGAAGCUGGUAAGCAUGGUGUAUGACAUAUAUUCUCCUUUGCACACACAAACAAAUGCCAUCUGCUGUGUUUGGUUCCUCUCCCUUGUUUUUUAGUCAGGUAUUUACUCUUUGUAGUUAUUACAAAGAAGAAGAAAAAUAUUUCACCAAACAUUUUUCAACCUUUUUAUUUUCCUUCUAGAAUUUGACAGGCAAUAAUGUUCAGUGUGCAGACAUUUGGCUUAAGUGCAGGUUUUGAUAGCAGCAUUAAUUAGAGACUUGUGUACUGUUAAGUUAUAGAAGCAGUGCCCAUUCUCUCUUCCUCUCCCCCUCUUUCUCCCGCAUCUUCAUGAGUCAGAUUAAAAGUACAGUGAAUUUGUAGUGACCAAGCAGCAAGAAUGAAGCUCCAGUAAAAUGGGAGGAGUGUGUGGGUAUGAAUGAACAAACCAGAAUUUUGCUUCAGGUAACAAAAAACAGAUGAUGCUCAGAAUGACUCCUUUAAUGGAAAGCAGAUGCCUUUAUUAAUCUGUGCUCAUGUGAAAGUAUUGAAACUGCCUUCUCUGUCUUCCAUAUUUCAGAGGAGGUCUCACAUUUGGUGCCUCUAUCCUCAAACAGCAUAUAUUAUGGGUUGAUAUUUUCUUCAUGAAAGGCUAUAAGGGCUUCCUCCAAAAUCUCUGAGCAUUGUUCAGUACAUCUGCUGGAGAGUUAUACUAUCUUAAGUGUGAUGCAAAGCACACAUAAGGGCUGGGUUUCUUUUCUGUGCAAGUGUUUUUGGAGUAAACUGACUGGGAGAAUGUGUCACUUCAGAAUAGGACAUCUGCAGAAAUUGUCCCCAAGCACUCAUGAAGAAAACACAACAGAUCUUAAAACGCAUCAAACAUCACAUUCAGAGCACUGAUUCAGAUGUGUAGACCACAAGUUUCGCAUGGGUAGGAUGGUGUUUGAAACAGCAUGGAUGUGAAACUAUCUUCCACAUUAGGCUCUUUUGGGAACUAGGUACGAAGAGGGGCACUUCAAAAUUAUCAGAAUUAUACAUUGUAAACAACACUCACUUUUUUGGCACGGAAUAUGUAAGAGUCCCCAAAGUACGACUAAUACUGGAAGCACUUUAUUCCAUAUUUCAUUCUGCGUAUUUUGGUUUAGAUGGGAAUACCAUCUUUAAUUCUCACAGAGAUGCUGCAGAUUUAGAUGAGAAAGGGAAGGAAGUUUAGUUCUUGGGCCUGAUCUGUGAGAAUACUGCUCUUCCUGCAGCACAAUCCUAUUCAUGUCUACAUAGAAAUAAGCCCCAUUAAGUUCAGUUGGGCAUCCUCACAGGUAUGAGUAUAGAAUUUCAUCCUGCCUUUGCUCAUCUACCUUUUUUCAUAUACACUUCUGGCAGCCCUUUCUGAUGUUUUUGACGAUUAUCUGUAAGCUAUAAAGGACCAACUAGGAUUCAUCAAACAUGUUUUCUCUUGACAAAUAACCACAGGCAAGAACUCAGUGAUAAUAUGUAGCCUUCUUACUUGUGAGUCUUAAAUUGAUUUGAUUUGGUGGAGCUCAAAGUUCUCCUUCUGCUUGUUUAACCCCCAUAACAACCCUGUGAAAUAGGUUAGGCCAAGAGGCAGUGACUGGCCCUAGGUCACCCAGUGAACUCCAUGGCCAAGUGAGGAUUUGCACCUGGUUUCCCAGGUCCUAGUUUGACAUCAUAGGUGUUAACUCCAUAGGGCUGAGAUGUCUUCAACCCCCCAAAGUCUGUUGAGAUAGGGUUGAGCCUCCCUCCAGUACUGAGAGGUUGGGCCUUGUGGCAGCGGGUCUCGCAGCUAUGACAGAAGUCCUCACUGUGCCAGGCCUCGUGGCAGAAGUGGGCCUCGCAGGAACUUGUGGCAGCAGCUGUUCUCGCAGGGGCUCACUGCAGUGUGUGGUGUGCGUGAUGUCACACGUGCGUGUCGCAUGCUCAAGCAGCGGGGAUCCCCCCCCCCCAUGUUUUGCCGAACUCAGCACCUUUGUCUGAUAUUCUAACCAUUAUUCCACAUGUUGACCUGGCUGUGACGUAGAUAGUAGAAUCAGUAUUGCAUUUCUCUUUGUCCCUCUGUUGCUGCCUGGUUUCCUCACCACCCCCUUCUCAUACUGUGGCUUGGCACACUAGCCCCAAAAUCUUGCAUUUGUCUCAUCUAGUAUCUCUUCUUGAAAGAAACAGAAAGGAACUUCAGUUAAAAAUAGAAGAAGUCCUAAAGCCUAAGAGGUUACACAAGUUUCAGGUACUUCAGAGCACUGAAAGGCUGUUCUCUACUUUUUAAAAAAAUGUUUCUUAAAAAAAUAGUUUCUAUUCUCUCUUCCUUGACUAUAUUUUUGUAUGUCUCACAGAACUGAACCAAGUGCAAUUUUCCCCCCAAUAUAUUUUUUAUUGAAUUUCAAAUUUUUUACAAAUUAACUUCAGAAUAAAUAGCUACAUUAUUUCAUGUAUUGACUCCCCACCCACACCUCCACAGUGUUUUUAUUCCAACUCUCUAUAUAUCAAAUUACUGUCUAUUACCAAUAUCCCUCUCCCUUGUCAUUUUUUCCUUCUGCUACUCCUGUCUUGAAUUUUGCCCACAAUUUCGUUUGUUUUCCAAAUAGUCCAAAAAGGCCUCCAUUCUUCUACAAAAAGUUCAUCAUUUUAAUCUCUUUAUAUUGCUGUCGGCUUUGCCAAGUGUAAUUAGUUUUUAAAUGGUUGAUGAGUCAGAUUUAAUGAGAUUUAGUACUAAGAUCUGCACCACAUUUCUAUUGAUUGAUUCCACUUUUUAAUAAGAUUUUAUUAAGGCUUUAUCAUAGUACAAUACAAUAAAAAACUAACCUAACUAAAAGCAGAAAAAGAAAAGAAAGUGCAGAGUCCUCUCUCAAAGGUAGAUCUUAACCCUUGUCUCAUACAGAAAAGUUGUGGUUGAUGGAUGCUACAUCCAUGACAAUAUUGGAAGUUGGGGAAAUUCUCUGUAAAGUCCAGCUAUUUCUUGAAAUUCUAGUUGUCUUCUUUCUUCUCUUCCACCACCCCCAAAUUAAAAACAAAAGCAAAUCAUAAAAUGUUUUUCCUUCCUAUGAUCAAAAAUAACAUUUCUGUGGUGCAAGAAAAUUACAAAAAUACAAAUUGUUCUGCUGUAGAUUAUAGGCGAUGAUGCUGGAAAUUGUAUUUCAGCAAUUCUUUUUCUUCCACCAUUUUCUGCUGUUCCAUUUUCUUCGAGAAUUUUUAUAUCCACCCUCCCCCGCACCUUUGCAUGCUACAAAUGGAGCCCUUGAAUACAAUUCACUUCAGAAUCCUACUCUUGUUUCCCACCCCUAAGUUCAGCAGUUGUUAACCUCUGCAGUGCUCCUCCUGAGAGUCAUUAGAUGGAGCACUUGAAAGAUUUAUGCAUCGGCAUCACCAUUCAGCAACAGCAAAGACUAAUAAUGUAUUAAUGAGUGAGGCUGCACUCCCAAUUAACUGGUGUGAGGAAAGGAGUCUGGGAGUUAUGAAUUCCUGAUGUUCAGGCAUUCCUGUUCCCGAGAGGAGAGGCAAGCAGGCACUUUGCUCUAUUUCCUUGUCUCUGCUUAGUUAUUGUCUCCCUAACCCUCUUAACGUUAGUGGGGAGGAAUGGGAGGGAUGUUGCUGGGGCUAUGCUAGAAUUAGUAGUUUGAAGAUGGCAGCCUAAUAUUUGCAUCCUAAGCACCGUGAGCUUGAGGAGGGUGGGGUUGCUGGAGCAGGAAACUGGCCAAGGGGAGAGAAGCCACCAUUGCCUGUGGCCUGGAUGCCUCGGGAUCAUGCUACUCUUUGGAAGUAAGAUCAUUGGCUGACUUCCAUGUUAAAGCAUGGAACCAUGGUUAAAGUGUAAAAGCAUGAUGGAUGUGUGUUGAAGAUGUUAGCAGUGUAAGUAACUUCUGAGCCACACAGUACUUCUGUUAAAUAGCCAGCGAUGAAUGGAAAUGCAGAGCACUGGCCGAGAUCUAGUAAGGCCUCUGUGAAUGCAAAAAGUAUGUCGGGAGUGCAAGCUGAAAAAACACCCUGUGCACACUUUGGAGCUUCACCAUCACUACAAAUUGUUCUGUAAUUGGAAGGCACGCUGAGGUGCUAGAUCCCUUUUCUUCUUCGAUAAAUCCCCCUCAUUUUGAGUAACACACACCUUACCAGAAGCUUUCAACUGAUAGCGGUUUCAUUUUCUGACAACAACAAAAGCCCUUUUUCUUUUUUCGUGUCCACCUCAAAUUAGCUUUUUAUCUAAGUAGGUUAUGCAUUUCCACACAGAUCCCCAGUGACUAAAACACUCCUCGCUGGUGUUUUUGCAUGUUUCUUUGGCUUAAAAUGCUCAGUGCCUAGUAAUCUUUGAGCCUUUCCUUUUUCUGCACCACUUAGAAUUUCAGUUUCAGAACCGCAGUAUUUAAAGAAGCAACACUUUAAAGUAAUAAGUACUUUUAAAGAAAGAUCAGCUGUGAUCACAAAAUAAUACGAAAACUUGUGUUUUAAAUAAAGUACCAUUAAAACACUACCGGGGAGCAAUCCUUAACUGUAUAUGACUUUGUGUUUACUGUUGUGAAUAGUGUAAGAAAAGUAAGCAAGUAUUGAUACACAGCAGUUAUCCAACAAACAGACUGGUAUGAAAUUAACCUGAGAGUUAAUUGUUACAUGUGGUAAAGUAGCAUGCAAAUAACAGGCCCAGAGUCACUGAACUUGCCUUCUAGGCUUCAGCUAAGCAUAUAAGAUUGGAUGCCAUUGAUUUCAUAUCACACUUUUCCACUGUUGUCAACUUUAUUUCUUUCUAAUGCUGGCAUUUUUUUUCUUCUUUAGUCACCUUUCCGCACCUUACAGGUUCCGCUCCAUCGUGGACUAGUCUCAUGGACACAACCAAACAGUGGGAUUAUUAUUCAAGAAGAGAUAAAGAGAGGGAGCGGGAGCGAGACAGAGAUCGAGAAAGGGAUCGUGACCGUGACAGGGAGCGAGAGCGGACCCGAGAAAGAGAACGAGAGCGGGAGCAUAGCCCGACUCCUAGUGUGUUCAAUAGGUGAGUUUGAGGGUUACGUCUAAUGCUGCUUGAUGGUGGGAGUUUUGUGUCUGUACUAGAGACAUACUUAAAGUCAGCAUGCAGCUGUGUAUUCUCAGGGAACAAGGGGUGGGGCUCACAUUUUGUUUGUCGUUGGAACCAUAGCCAGCAAUUUCAGAUGCAAACCAGAAGUAUGACAAUAAGUGGUACAUAACAAAUGCUUUGCAAGGCAAAUUGUGCUGAGCUGAUGAUUUUUGUUGUUAAUUCCUGGGAAGGAAUUGGCUCUAAGCAUUCAGAACAUUAAUAAUAGAAGGGCCUAAUGGGUUUGAGUCCCCUAACCAUCAUUUUACAGCUGAAGUUCCUACAGUAACUGAUUCCAGUCUAAAACUUUCAAUUUCUUACUGCUUUGUGAGUUCAGUUUUUCUGGGAUGAGAGCUCUGAAUACCUGAGGAGGAAUAAAGUACUGUUUGCUAGCAGUUCCAGCUUUGCCAUUCAUCCUGUUAAGCAAUACCAGGGCUACAAUACAGUGGCGACAGUAUUACAUAAACUUUGGCCCCUUUUGUUUAUGCAGCAGUUAAGCCCCGCAUUUCCUCUGUCUGGUGAUCGUUGAAUACCAUUUUCACAUGGCAAUAUUUUGACUAUUUCUAAUCAUUUUUUGUUCUGCCUUCCACUUAAAAAGGUUUUAUGCAUUGGGUAUUAAAUUGGGUUUUAAAAAUCAUUGUUAUAGUUUUCCCUUGUAGGUCAGCAAAACAAGUUUGCAUGAUCUUGGUUAACACGGGAUUUAAAAAAUGCUAUGAGCGUUAAAGAAUUGACUUGGAAGUAUAAGAUGAUGAUGAUGAUGUUUUGUUCAUAUAAGACUUUUGUGUGGGGGGGUGAUAUUUUGUGUGUGUUUUGUGUUACAAAUUACUGGGUCAGUGUGUUAGACGUUAAGAUCAAUUUAACAUCUGUUUCUUAGGCAGCUUGAUUGAAGGCCAGAAAAAGCCUGGUCAUUCAAGGGUGCUUGAAAUGAGCCUUAAUGUUUUCCAGGCCCAGAGAAGUCUCUGUGUUGCUGCCAGACUUAUCAGUCAGGGAAGGGGUGGGGGAGAGGAGUGGGGUUUUUUUAUGUGACUAAAUUAUCCAACAUCUGCAGUAAAGCUGCUGCCACAUGGCGAUGUGAGAAAGCAGGGGGGCCUUGGUCUAGUAAAAACUUGAUUAGGGGAGUAACAGGGAAAGUGGGAGGCUUGAGAACGGCAGAUCAUGUAGAUAUGACACCCUUGAACAAAUUUUGCUUCAUCGUUUAAUAGUCCUGUUUUUAACAAUUAUUCAGCAGCUUACGAAAACAUUGUGACAAAUGAAUAAAGAAAGGGGGGGUGGAAUGCACACAGACUUUUUACCAUUUAUAAGUGGAUAGCGUGACAUUGGUGUACCAGUAUAGCUUUUGGUCUUGUAGAGAAACUUAAAAAUUAGCAUCCACAAGCCAUGAAAUGUGGCAUCUGUUCUUCACAUCUCUACUGUCACACUAGAAAUGGUGCCGUUUCUGAAAGGAGUCUGGGGAAUUCGCCUUUUGUAAACCCCCCCCCCAAAAAAAAACCCACUUUGCAAUUAAAUUUUGGAAUCGAUAGCUCAGUUGGUUAGAGCAUGGUGCUGAUAAUGCCAACGUUGCAAGUUCAGUCCCCAUGUGAGACAGCUGCCUACUCCUGCAUUGGGUUGGACUAGAUGAUCCUUAGAGUCCCUUCCAACUCUUACAAUUCUAUGAAAUUAGUUUUCAAUUCAAACUAAAGAGGAUGUCCAUUUCACACUGAGCAGGAUGUGGUGCACAAUUUCUUUUUUUAGGCAGUAACCUUACAGGGUCUUUGGAAAUGGCUUCCUUCAGAAAAUAAAUGUUGGACCCCUGUUGUUAUAAUUAAGUGGAGUUCAUCCCACCCAAAAACAGUCUAUUUAUUGUGACCCUUGACAACUGAGAGAUAUUUUUAGUACCUCAAUAUUAUUUUGCCUGUCAUUUGUUUUAAUCUGAUUUUAGACUGUAUUUUUAAAUUGCUGUAACCCACCCUAGGACCUUAUUUAUUUAUAAAAAAUACUUGUAUAUCACAAUUUCAUUUAAAAAAACCCAGAGUGGUUUAUAAUAAUGCAUCCAUGUGUGAGCCAUUUUUGCAAUGGAAAACACAGAGGAUUUAUAAAUAUAUUUCUUGGGGGCUUUAAUGGCAUACAGUGUGACCCUUCAAUCUUUAUGUCCAACUCUUUAAUAUUUUGCGUACAUAAUGUAUCACAGUAGCCUAGAGCCUCCUUGGCAUGGAAGGGAAAGGCUGGGAUUGAAAGAACAGUGGAACAAGUCAAAGUAGCCUUUGUCCCUCUUGAAGAGCAGCUGCUCAGAUUGAGAUGAUACACAAGACAGCUCUCCCCUUAAAGUUUAGGGGUUUAAAAAAGAAUGAGUCAGUUUCAAGGUGCUCUUUUGAAACCUGGUCGUAGAUCAGAUGAGAUAAAUGGCAGAUCAGAGAAAUGUGCCAUUAUAGCCAAGGUGCAGGUCCUUAAUUGAACACUGUGUGAGUACAUAAUUAUUUGUGGGUAACUUCAAACUCUGUAUUCACUUCAGAUAUUGUUGGAAGACGUGAAGGAUAUCAGCUUGAUAGAUUGCUGCUUGUUUUAACAAAUACAAGAUUCUCAAUGUAGUGUACUACAGGUGAUAUUGAUCAUCCCAUGGCCAUGCUGGCUGGGGCUGAUGGGACUUGGAAGUCUUAACAACAUGUGGAGUUCAGCACAGUGGCUACUUUUGGGUCAGCAUCAUGGUUGGAAAGGGUCUUGUGGGUCCUCUAGUCAACAUUCCAUCCUGCUUGAUGCAGGAAAUGCACAGUAAAGCAUCCCUAACAAAACACACCUAACGUAUAGAGAUGUCCAGUCUCAGUUUGAAGACCUUCAGUGAGCAAGAGCCCAUUAGUACCUUUCUAGCUAAUUGGGUCUGUUGUCAAAUUGCUCUUGCCGUCAGGAAGUUUUCCCUCCAUGCUCAACCAAAAUGUCUUGUGCGCACAGCUUGAACAGCCGCUGUGUGUACCCAGGCAUCCCGGGGGGACAUCAUAACUUUAAUCUUUUUCAUUUGUAGUCAAUCCCAAAGAUUAGAUGUAUACUGACCAACAAAUGUAUUUGGAUAACACUCAAUGUUAAACAUGAUAUUUUGAAUUAUAAUUUCAAGCUUAACUGAGUGAAGUGGUGAGCCACUUAUUUUUUGUUUGGGGAACUUUCAUUCUUUUAAUUUAGCAGAUGGAAACCUUUACUGCAAUAUGAAGAAACAGAUCACAUUCCUUAUUUUUUUGAUGGCAUAUUAACGGCUUAUAAAUAUAUUUGGUACUUUGUGUCCUGAGAUUUUCAAAGGAGGCCAUGAAUAUUUCUCCUUUAUUAAGGGUUAACUAUCAGACUGACAGUCUCUUCUACUGUUCAGCAGUACAGUCAUCCAAGAGAACAAUUUAUUUGUAGGUAAUGAAAUCUGAUUUUACUAAUGUUGGUAUUUUUGAUUCCUUAAUACAUUUUCCAUUGUCAGGACUGUACAAUGGUAGUUUCACACUGUGUUAGGUUACAAAUUCCCAUUUUGGUAAUACCUUCAGUAGGAAAUUGUGUUCUGCUGAAUGUAGAAAUCACAUGAACACCUGUAUUUUCUCUGUGCGUGGGAGGAGACAAAGAUUAUUGAUGCUCCUUUAGCAUUUGUUUGUCUGUCUGCUGAAUGUUUUUAUUUUCUUGCUAGUGAUGAGGAGCGAUACAGGUACAGAGAAUAUGCAGAUAGAGGCUAUGAACGGCAUAGAACAAGCAGAGAGAAAGAAGAACGACACCGAGAAAGGAGACAUCGAGAAAAGGAAGAGACGAGACACAAGUCAUCACGAAGGUUAGCUCUUUAAUAAUCUUUGAAGUAAUGCUGUGGGAUGACUGAAGUGUCACGGGAAGACCUUGGCUAUUGAUGUGCUGCUUUUUAGUUGCUGACAUUUAAAAAUAGCCAGAAGUUGAGAAUAUACCAGUAGGAUAUUAGCCCUUGUGUCAUAUGACCAGGAUAUAAGUUUCAGCCAUGGGUGAUGGAUUAUUAGGAUUUCUCAACCAAUUUCAUAUUUUAAUUGAUGCUCUAGAAUAGAUGUUAAGGAAAGCCUCUGCAACUACAUGGCAGCCAUGUGUUCUCUGUGUGCUCUUUGGGCAGCGUGAACAUUGGGAUUCACUUGGGCAGAGCGGGGAAGAGGUGGCAUUGCUGCCCCCACCAAUGGCAGUGGGCUCAAAUCUUCCAAGGCGAGCUACUGCUAGCAGCAGUGUCAGCUGCUGCUCAUACUCCGGGGGGGGGGGAGUUAGUUGGGGGAAGCUGCCAGACAGUGCCCAUCUCAGACAUUGAUCCUAGAUCUACCAGUGACACCAACUGAAGCCUGCAGUUAUAUUUAUUCUGUUGUGUGAGAAAGGAAACUAAAAGGCGGGCUUAGAUUACUAGAAGUUGAUCUUGGUCUCCGAGCAACUCUUCAGAUCAUUGUUGCAAACCUAUUUUAAGGCUGCCUCUAAAAUGUAGUACUUUCUAUGUAGAAUCCCAUUAAAAAUCUCUGUUCUCAUUGACCAACAAACUCUAGCCCUAUAAUGUUACUUUGAUUAUGUGAUGGCAAAGAUUUCAUUGCUGCUAUAGGUGCCAGACAACCCGCCCAGAGUAAAUGUUGGCAGAUGGCAGAAUCUAUACUGACAGGUGUUUUACUUCACUCCCUUUCUGGUUUUAAUUUGCCCAUGCUUAGGGGUCACGUGGUGAUGCCAUCACAUGUACUUAAAUAAUUAGCUUGAUGAUGUCAGGCUUAAGAAGUAGCUUCCGUUCAGGGUGGCGCACUGAGCUUGAGACUCCCAUUUAAUAGCUCUGUGUCUCAUUUCUUUUUCUCGCCCCCUCUUAGUAACAGCAGGCGUCGCCAUGACAGUGAAGAGGGAGACAGCCACAGGAGGCACAAACACAAAAAAUCAAAAAAGAGCAAAGAAGGAAAAGAGUCGGCUGGUGGCGAGCCUGCCCCGGAACAGGAAGACAUGGAUGCUACUCCUGCGGAAUAGGCAUGUGUGGUUUUUGUCUACUUGCUUAAAUUAGUGCCAGAAAUAGAUGGCUCUCAAUCCUAAUUAUUUUUUCUGGGUCUAAAAAAAAUUGCUCUUCAUCUUGUUCUGUUAGCAUAAAGCGUAAGUUUAAUUUGGAAUUUUGAAAAUAAAAAAAAGCAUUUUUCAUGUUAAAACACAUUGUUUGUCUUGCCUAUGCAACUAGAAAAAAGGACAGUAACACAUAAGGUACACACGGAGAAUUGUGCUUGGAUAGUGAGGUUGUGCCCUGUUACACAAACUCCGUCAAAGUGCAGUGUGCAGAUGUAAUGCAGAGGGUUUUUUCCCCAAAGAGUAAAGAAAGUGACUGUACCACAAAUGAGGUGUCCCAUCUGAUCAACACACACAGAUCCUAGUAGAAUGAAUUGGAACCAACAUUUGUUUUGGCUCUUCAGAUUAAUUUUUAAAACAGCCAGAUCUUCAAAUAAGUCUGAGUCUUGGCUACUACUGUACAGUACUAAGUAGCCUUUUGUAUGCGAUGCUUCCCUGCUCUCUUUGAUCUUCACUAGUUUUCCCCUCAGCUACUUGAUCCAGGCAAACCAGGCAAUUUCUCCUCCUCUUCUCUGUCUAUGCUGGUAGCUUGCUACACCUUCCUUCCUUCCUUUCAUUAUUAUGUUGAUUCAGAACUGACCAUCACAGAAGAUUGUGAGCAAAACUGAGUAAAAUAGGGCAGAACACUCGGUUCAUGUCACGAAUUAGAUCCACAGGGGAGAAAUGCAUUUUUUGUGCUUUUUUUUAAUGAAAAUAACCUGGCUUUACAAAUUACAGUUAUUUUAAUGGUAAAAAUGAAAUUUCAUUCACAGUUAUUACAUACCGGGAAACAAAAUAUUUAAAAAUAUCUGAUCCAUACUGAUCACAAAGUGGGAUUUCAUGUAUUCAAUCAGACUGCUUUCUAUGUCUUGGAAUAGAUGCUGUCAACAUAAUAGAAAAGUAUUGCAACAGUUAUUCAGGAGUUCAGAAUAUUUUCAAAUUACAGGUCUAAAGUGGUUUUCCUUGUUUAUAAACUGUUGAUGGAACAUGUUUCUACUGCUGCUUGGAAUAGAUAUAAAAAUACAAACAUGAGACAUAGCGCAGUAAAGAUGUGUACCCUAACUUAUGAUCUCAGUAGAUUUCCAUACUUUAAAAUUGCAUGUUUUUCUAACACAUACCACACAUUAUUUUUUUCUUCAGACCAUUCCGUUUGUGUUAUGCACAUUUAUACUUCACAACGUUUUCUUUUACAAGUAUACAGUUGACCAGAAAGUGGAGUAAACAAACGUCCAUAUUAAGUGGCUGAUUUUGUGUCAGAUAAUUUUUUGCUCUCCAGUUGCAAUACAUCUCUAUAAAAAAGUGCCAGGCCAGGACACAAUGGUGAGAGAAAUUUUCCCCUUCAGUUCUUUGAGCAUCCUCGCCAAACAGGCAUGCACCAUACCUGAGAUACUCCUACCAUUAACUGCAAGGAGGAUGUCACCACACCUGGAAGGAGGCAAUAUAAAAUUGGUUAGUGGCACUUCAGCAGCUCCAAGGCAGGAAUAGCUUGCACACCCCCACUAUUUUUUAUCAGAAAGGUAGCAGAUAUGAGGGGAAAUGAGAAUAGUCAAGUCAGGUUUUGCUAAUUAAGGUAUUGCUAAUUAAUGCCAGCUGAAUAGACUUGUUUUAUAUAAAUGCUUCAGAUUUCAGUCUGACACUUCCAGAGGCAAUGACUUUUAUAACAUCAUGUGUCUGCAAGACUUUUGGACUGUGUUUCUAGUGUUUUUAAUACUCUGUAAAAAAUAUACCCCUGCAUUUUUUUCUAAUUUCUUGUUAAUAUUUUGAUUUGCAAACACCUGCAUUUAUAAAGUUCUCCAUUUCACCAAUGGAAUUGAAUCAGAAUUUGCAAACCACCCACCUCUUUGAAUUUGAACUCAGAAGUGAACAUUCCGUUCUUCCCAGUUUUUCCUAUUUAGGAAUCACUUUGCCUUUGAACACAGUUAUGGUUCUAUGUGUCCUGCCCUAUAGCUCUAUCUUCUGUUAUGGAUUUUACUGCACUGGCAUAAAAUUAAACCUACUUUGAUCUUUAAUAAUCCCUUGACUCCUUCCAGGCUUCAGCUUUCUCUGCAGACAAGAAGGUAUUUUAAGAUGAGUACCAUGCCCUUCUCCCUGCCUCAACUGUUCCAGUAAUAAGCAGAAGUACUGCCACACAUGGUGCUUUGUGGCUUGCAACUAAAUGAAAGGAGAAAGCAGUUUGAGUACUGUGCCUGGUCAACCUUUCAAACUAAGGGGUUGAGUUUUGCACUAGUGAACCUUAGCCCCAAGUGCUGGUUUGAUAUGUAGCUCAGCAGCAUAGAAUUGGACCUUUGGGGUCAAUUCUCACAAGCUAGGUGAGUAAAACGUACUUGCGGAGGUUGUGACUGCAUUUCUGAGCUUUCACAUACCUUCCCCCACAUACAAAAUGUACGCAUGUACGCAUGUGAACGCCAAUAUACAUAAACACGGCCUGCCUGCGUGAUCCAUCCAUCACAAAACAGGAGUGAAGUGAUUUGAUGGACAGAGUGUGUAUGCCUAAUCCCAUCUCACAUUCCCACAUGAAGAGCAUGCAAGUUUAAGAGCCCUGUUGUAUGUUAAUUCUGCACAUCAAACUGAUACAUGAACCAGCAGCCCCAGUUAACUGAGAACUGUUGUGAUAAUCUGGAUGGGAAUGAUUGUCUUAUAAAUAACUGCUAAACAAUGUGGUUUCAUUACCUGAUUCUUCCAUCGUUAUACGCUGGUGUCCCUCCAACAAUGGAUUUGAUAAAGAAUGGCUUGUUCCCACUGUGUUCUUCAUAACCCCCCACGAUACUGAAGCCAAGACUUCCCGCUGUAUUUCUUCGUAAUACAAUUUCUUUGCAGCUGUAUAAAUACCUAAGGAAAAAAUCAUUCUACUUAAUGGUCUGUUGUACAAUUAAAUCAAAAUUAUUGAUGAUAUUCUGCUCAUUCACCUUUUUUUGGCAUAUUGGACUUGAAAAGAAAUGUAUAUGCCAGAUUGGUAUAGUUUGCACAAACUUGUAGUUUCAGUUUGGAUGUUUUACACACACAUUUAGCAGUGUUGUACAGAGUAAGUUUCACCCAUAAAUAUUCCGUUCUUGGGGUUUUCCGGGGAAACUGUUCUUAUCUGCCUGUUUGGAUUAAGGGUAGUGACCUUCAUGUAAUAUAGAGCACCUUAUUUUUCUGACUGAAGAAGGGUUUUGUACAAAUUGGACCUGUCCUCUUCUUGCUGUUGGGUCCAAUAAAGCCUUUCGCAGAUACCAAAGUAGCAACCACCUUUUUAGUAUCUUUGUCUUACAAGCACUAAGAAAAAUAUGCUUUAAUUUUGAGGAGGUAUUUAAAAACAAUCCUUUAAAAUGAUGUUUCCAUUUUGGGGGGUAUUUGUUUGUUUGCUUGUUCUUCAGGGUUUUUAUGGUACUGCUAGAUGAGGCCCUUGGGAACUACAAAUAUUCACCUGCUGGCAAGAUACAGGGUACUUGUUUGUGCAACAGUUAGCUGGCUGCUAAUGUGAAAAGCAGAAGCCUCUUGGCCCUUGUGCACAAGGCUAGCUCUAUUGCUUUGCCAUCUGUGUGGGGCUUUUAGCAUCCUGAAUCCCAUUUCUCAUAAAGACAUAAAACUCACUAGAUUUAACAGGGCUUUCCAAGGUCAUGACCAAAUGUUACCAGAAUUUAGCCGUUAUUGAUAGCUACUCACUAAGUCACAUAUCAACAUUCUGUUAAGUAAGAGCAUGGAGGCAACCAACCUGCUUAAGAGUUUACAUAGACAAGCAUUUUGAACGUAUGGAACAUACUAAGAGGAGAGCUUGAAGGAACCACUUUUUGGUUUACAGGUUAUGCUCUUGGCCACACUGCUACACCAGCGUGUGGGCUUAGAGAGCAAUAAAAUCCACUAUAACCGUGAGACCAAGAACAAUUCCAGAUCACGAGCUACCAUAUUCCAAAAACUUAACAAAUACUAGAUUGCAUACUAGCUUGCAAUUUGCUGGGUGCUCAAACUUUGGAUAAUAUCUUGAGCUUCCACAAUACCAAACAUAUCAAAAUUAGGAAUCUUCUCUGAUGUAUAGUGUAUGAUUUGACCUUUUUGUCAACUGUUGAUUGUUGUGUGGAAAGGCAGGGGAGAAAUGUAACAAAUGUUUGAACAAGGCUUUCAAGAAUACAGCUAUAGUAUCUUUACAGUUUUGAAAAGAACUGAAGUAGUUAAGGCAGCAGCUCUGGCCAAAGGAAUCACAGUCGUACCUUGGAAGUCGAACGGAAUCCAUUCUGGAAGUCCGUUCAACUUCCAAAACGUUCAGAAACCAAAGCGCAGCUUCUGAUUGGCUGCAGGAAGUUCCUGCAGCCAAUCAGAAGCCACGGAAGCCCCGUCAGACGUUCGGCUUCCAAAAAUAGUUUGAAAACCGGAACACUCACUUCCGGGUUUGGAUCGUCGGGAGCCAAAGUGUUUGAGAUCCAAGGUACGGCUGUACCAGAAAAACAUGUGAUGCAGGUGGGUGGCUCAACCAAAAAUUUAUUACUGUACAAGAAAAUUGAGUGGGGUAUUUGCUGGUCAGCACUGCUUUUAUUGGUUAGUAAAGGCUGGGAAUGGCUUGGAUUAUCCAGUGAAACAAGCUGUAUUAAAAGAUGGGGAGGGCUGGGGGGUAGAUGUGUUUUGUUACAGAUCAGACUUACAAACACAAAACCUAUCGGACUUCCUGUGCGUAUGUAACGUAUGUGUAAGUGCAUUAGGCAACUGCUCUGAAAUGAGUGCUUUUUAAAGAAGAGUAUCAUCUCUAAAGCUAUUUAUGUCAUUUGACCCUCUUUUAUUUACCUGAUCAUUUCAUUACUUAGCUUGUGAAGCUCCCAAGGCCAAAACCAUUUGGAAAACUACUGUAAACUGUUGGGAUGCAAUGCUGGAGAAAAUAGGAUUUGUUAGACAAACCUAAGUAAAUAAAACUCAACAGCAAAGCAGCACACGAGAAGUAUCAAGCUGAAAAAUAUCUCCCCUGGUGAACAAUGGAUUAACUUGAAACAUGUAGAAUCUAUGUGCGAAAUGUUUCUAUUUCCCCAGGUAGAAUUAUGGAGCUUGACAAGCCUUAUGACCCUAAAAGUUUCUCCUGGCUUUUAAACUGACCUGGAGAAGAAGCAAAAUCCUUCCACCCAAAUCCGUUCCUUGCAAGAGGAGGAGUUUCCUCCUUGCCCUGGUACCUGCCUUGCAGCCUUAAGACCAUGCAGAGGGAGGCAAACGCAGAAGGGAUGUUUGAGGGUUGCACUGCUAUUGCCAUCACUGGGAAUUAUGACGUGACAGUUGGGCUCAGAAUCAGUUGUUUUCAAAGUAAUUUUUUGAAGCUGGCCACAUGAGCUUGCUGCAUCUCUAGCUGCAAACUUUUUGGGCUUUCAAGUCCACACGUUCCAAAGCAGCUGACUGAUUCUGAAUAUUUGAGGUUACCACUAGUUGGAAAUUAGGGGUAGUGAACCUUAUGGACUUGGCCAUUAGCAACAGCUGUAUGAAAAGCCCUAAGAAAACUGUCGAUUGUGAUUCAUUAUGUGUUUCUGUUGGUGCCAAACUGAACAGUGCACAAAAAAGGUGCUAGCACUGUCUUUCCAAAACGAAUCGAAGAACAAAAUUUAUCAAUGCACAGACAAGCAGAGCCCACACCCAUCUGAUCUGCUUGUCACAGUGAAGGCAGCCAGAAGUAGU